CUUCUUUUUCCGACAUGACACCGCACGCCACCUAUGCCGCAACCGAUGUGGCCCCAGAAUCUCAACAACCAGCACCUGCAAAGCACAAAGGUGGCUACAAGCAAAUCAACAAGGCUCUUAACAUUUGUGCUUUCGAGGACUAUCUCGAAACACAGCUAUCUCGAUUGCCUUUCAUCGCUGAUGUUGAGGUCCUCAGUCCUCGCGUCACACGCGUACUCGGUCAAAAUGCCGGAAAAUUCACUUUGCAAGGAACAAACACCUACAUCAUAGGCACAGGCUCAGAACGAAUGCUCAUAGACACAAGUCAGGGUCUACCUGAAUGGGCAGAACUUAUAUCGAAAACGCUUGCGGAUUUGGACAUCUCACUCUCCCACGUCUUCUUAACUCACUGGCACGGCGAUCACACCGGCGGCGUGCCAGAUUUGCUACGCAUGUAUCCGAAUCUCAAAGACGCAAUCUAUAAGUACAACCCAAGUAAAACACAGCAGCCAAUCGUGGACGGAAGCAUCUUCUCUGUCGAAGGUGCUACUUUGAGGGCAGUUCAUGCGCCGGGACAUGCCGAUGACCACACUUGCUUCGUUCUUGAAGAGGAAAUGGCCAUGUUUACUGGUGAUAAUGUCCUUGGCCACGGUACUGCUGCCGUCGAACAGCUCAGUGUAUGGCUUAACUCACUGCGACUUAUGCAAUCGCACAAUUGCAAAAUUGGCUAUCCAGCACAUGGCGUGGUCAUACCCGAUCUUCGGAGAAAAAUCGAUUUAGAGCUCAAGGCAAAGACAAGACGCGAAACGCAAGUGCUUAACUCUUUGGCCCAAAUACGGAGCCCGGGUGGGAAGGCUAGCGUGACUGUCAAGCAACUCGUCACCGUCAUGCAUGGAGAUGACUUAGAUCCAGAAGUGCGGAAGAUGGCGAUUGAGCCUUUGAUGGGAGAGGUGUUGAAUAAGCUGGCUGAAGACGGGAAGGUUGCAUUUGAGAUUCGUCAGAAAGAGAAGAAAUGGUUUGCGAUUAUGUAG